GAUAGGGCGAUGCGUCCGUUUCUGCUGCCGUUUGCAGCGUUUCUGCUGCAUGUGCUGGCCUCUUCUAUGGCGGCGGGGACUCUCUGCAUGAUGAAGAAAGAGACGGCACUGACGCGGCUGUCGGCUGACUUCCAGAUCCGCCGCAGAGUGGGGAAGGGCGGCUUUGGGUAUGUGUACAAGGUCGUGAGGCGCUCAGACAAUGUGACCAUGGCACUUAAGCUGUUCAGAAACCGGUACCAUUCAGAUUGCGUCAUGAUUGUCGGCCAGGUGAGGGAGACAUGCACACAAAGGCCGUUAAUGAUGGUCUCAGUGUCUGCGUGUCUGUGUGUGCACCUGCCGAAAAGGCUGAUAGAGAACGAGUGUCCCCUGAACCGUCUCAUCGUCUCCAAGACAGAUGAAUCGACCCGCCCCAUGUUCGUCGACUGCUACCAGGACGUCCUGCCCGACCCCAUGAGCCCCGCCUACAUCCUGCUGGAGUACGUCGACCACAAACAGUACGGCACCGCAGACAUCGACAUCGUCAACGACAUGCAGAGAUGGCAGCUGCGGGUGCUCAUGCUCCGCCCCCUAGUCGCGCUGGCGGCCAUGCUGCGGCCCCCCAACAGCCGCGUGCACAAUGAUUUGCACUUCGGCAACGCCAUGCUGCGCAAGAGGGACCUCUCUCUGAAGCUUCUCGACUUCACAAUCAGCACCAAAUGCCCGGAAGAGUGUUCGGGUGACGACGUCGACCGAAUGGGCCUCAUGCUCGCCGCUCUCGAGAUGGCCGGGUCGCGGAACGGCAGCGCAGCCCAACAGCCAAGGGGACAGGACUGGAUCAUCCCGAACCACUACCCCGAGCUGCAGUGGUGGCGGCAUGUCCUCCAUGUGCUGCACCUCUACAGCCCCCAGACGGACUUCAACACCUUCAAAGCCGCAUUUGACAAGAUGGCCGCCGGCACGAUGGACUGGGACAGAGCACUGAGGGAGCUGAAGAAAGGGAGACGCACCAAUGGCCAGAGCGUGGAUGGCAUUGACCCGCUGAUUGAGGGAUUGGAGAGCGGCUGCAUGGUGGACCUCGAGAGGUGGACUUUCGACCAGGAAUGGCGGCCGACCAACCGGAACUUCAGGCGGGCAUUCGGGCUGGACGGGGUAGGGGGAGGGCCGAGCUUGAGACGGCUUUCACCGGAGUUCCUGCACUUCUUCAUGGAGCUGCGGCGGCUGGGUGUGGAGCUGGAGGGGAUGCCGGCGCGCGUUGGUGAGAUCCUGGCGAAGAGACAGAUGGGGGACGACACAAACACCACCACAACUGACAAUGAUGGUUUGUGAGAGGGAGACACAGCACUCUCCACUCACCUCACCCGUAUCGAUGUGUCUCCCUGUGUCUUGUUUCGAAGAGCCUGAGACAUCUGCCGAUGGUGGCGCUGAGGUAGGCCCCGCUGUAGAGAUGGAGCUCAUGAACGAGCCCGCCCCCCGGCUGCACUUCCUCGUCCACUGCCACCCAUACGUCGCGACCAUCUGGCAAGACGCAGCGACACACUUCACCUCCAGAUGUGCAGACCAGUGCUCCCACCUUCCCGCAACUGACACAUGUGCCACGCCAUUCGACGGCGGGAUCACAUGCGCGCCAACAAACGACACACUCACCAAAGAGGCCUGCAUGGCCUCAUGCCCCAAACUCUCGCUGCCGUCCUCAUCUCUCCAGUGUGAGAAGGCGGUUUCUUCGAUGGAUUUGACCAAGAGGGUGCCGUACUGGCUGGUAGCCAAAUCGAUGGGGGAGGGGUGGAGUGUGGAUGCUGUGUCAUCUUGGGUGAAAGGGUGGUUGGGGUGGGGAGAUGGUGCGUCAUUCGGGUUCAGGAAGGAUGAAUUUGAGGGUUUGGGCGAUUUGUGGAUGCUACAUAGCAUGGGAUAGGAUGAUUCGUGUAUCUAGAC